GCUUCAAAAUUCCAAAACCAAAACAGAAAUCGACUGCUAUAUAAGAGAUUAAAACAUUAACAUAGAGACCAGGCCAUAUGCUAGACAAGAAUCACAUGAUGACAAGUUUUCAAAAGGUUCAUGCUCUUCUCUUUCAUAUACUCUUCUUCAUACCUUUGCUUCCAUUGAAAAUCACAUCAUCACAAAGAACAGAAGCAGAAGCCCUUGUCAAAUGGAAAAACAGUCUAUCUCCUCCUCUUCCUCCCUCUCUAAACUCAUCAUGGUCCCUCUCCAACCUUGGAACCCUUUGCAAUUGGGAUGCCAUUGUUUGUGACAACACUAACACAACAGUGUCACAGAUAAACUUGUCUGAUGCCAAUCUCACUGGGACUCUCACUACCUUCGAUUUUGCUUCCCUCCCUAACCUUACUCAACUCAACCUCAAUGGCAACAAUUUUGAGGGGUCAAUACCAUCAGCAAUUGGCAAACUCUCAAAGCUCACUUUAUUGGACUUUGGUACCAACUUAUUUGAAGGAACACUGCCUUAUGAACUAGGCCAGCUAAGGGAGCUUCAAUAUCUUAGUUUUUACAACAACAAUCUCAACGGCACAAUUCCCUAUCAGCUCAUGAAUCUCCCUAAGGUAUGGCACCUGGACCUUGGAUCAAACUACUUUAUAACUCCUCCCGACUGGUCCCAAUAUUCAGGAAUGCCUUCCUUAACUCAUCUUGCUUUAGAUCUCAAUGUCUUCACCGGUGGAUUCCCUAGUUUCAUACUUGAGUGCCAUAACUUGACAUACCUUGACAUCUCUCAGAAUAACUGGAAUGGCAUAAUACCAGAAUCCAUGUAUAGCAAUUUGGCAAAGCUUGAAUAUCUCAACCUCACCAACUCUGGCCUAAAAGGAAAACUGUCUCCAAACUUGUCCAAGCUUUCUAAUCUCAAAGAACUUCGCAUAGGUAAUAACAUGUUUAAUGGUUCUGUUCCCACUGAAAUAGGUUUUGUAUCUGGGCUUCAAAUUCUUGAAUUGAAUAAUAUUUCUGCCCAUGGGAAAAUUCCUUCUUCCUUAGGCCAACUCAGGGAGCUAUGGCGUCUUGAUCUCAGUAUAAAUUUUUUUAACUCUACAAUCCCUUCUGAGCUUGGCCUAUGCACAAAUCUAACCUUCUUGAGUUUAGCAGGGAAUAAUUUGUCUGGUCCUUUGCCUAUGUCAUUAGCUAAUCUGGCUAAAAUAUCAGAAUUGGGAUUAUCAGAUAAUUCCUUUUCUGGUCAAUUUUCUGCUCCACUGAUCACUAAUUGGACCCAAAUAAUCUCCUUACAAUUCCAAAACAAUAAAUUUACAGGAAAUAUUCCUCCGCAGAUUGGCCUGUUGAAAAAAAUUAACUACCUCUAUCUGUACAAUAAUCUGUUCUCUGGUUCCAUUCCUGUAGAGAUUGGAAACCUGAAGGAAAUGAAAGAGUUAGACCUUUCACAAAACGGAUUCUCUGGUCCAAUUCCAUCAACACUUUGGAAUCUGACAAACAUCCAAGUCAUGAAUCUUUUCUUCAAUGAGUUCUCUGGAACCAUUCCCAUGGAUAUUGGAAACUUAACCUCACUGCAAAUCUUUGAUGUCAACACUAAUAACUUGUAUGGGGAGGUUCCAGAAUCCAUUGUUCAACUACCUGCUUUAAGUUAUUUUUCUGUGUUCACCAAUAACUUCUCUGGCAGCAUUCCAGGAGCAUUUGGAAUGAAUAAUCCUUUGACUUAUGUUUACCUUUCAAACAACAGCUUCUCUGGAGAACUGCCUCCUGACUUGUGCAGUGAUGGCAAGCUAGUUAUUUUGGCAGUCAAUAACAACAGCUUUUCAGGGCCAUUGCCAAAGUCCUUGAGAAAUUGUUCAUCACUAACUAGAGUCCGGCUUGAUGAUAAUCAGUUAACUGGAAACAUCACAAACGCAUUCGGAGUACUACCAGAUCUUAAUUUUAUUUCACUUAGUAGAAAUAAGUUGGUUGGUGAGGUCUCCCGGGAGUGGGGUGAAUGUGUGAACUUAACUCGUAUGGAUAUGGAAAACAACAAACUUUCUGGAAAAAUUCCAUCUGAGCUAAGUAAGUUGAAUAAAUUAAGGUAUCUAAGCCUGCACUCAAAUGAAUUCACUGGCAAUAUCCCAUCUGAAAUUGGGAAUUUAGGCCUGCUUUUCAUGUUCAACUUGAGCAGUAACCAUUUAUCCGGAGAAAUCCCCCAGAGUUAUGGCAGAUUAGCUCAGCUAAAUUUUCUUGAUUUAUCAAAUAACAACUUCAGUGGAAGCAUUCCUAGAGAGCUCGGUGAUUGCAAUCGCUUACUGAGUCUGAAUUUAAGCCAUAACAAUCUAUCCGGGGAGAUACCAUUUGAACUUGGCAAUCUGUUCCCACUCCAAAUCAUGUUGGACCUCAGCAGCAACUCUCUUUCUGGAGCUAUUCCCCAAGGCCUUGAAAAGUUAGCAUCGUUGGAGGUUCUCAAUGUCUCACACAACCAUCUUACAGGGACAAUCCCACAAUCACUUUCAGACAUGAUCAGCCUUCAAUCUAUUGAUUUUUCUUACAACAACUUGAGUGGUUCAAUCCCCACAGGUCGUGUUUUCCAGACCGCGACUUCCGAAGCCUAUGUUGGGAACUCAGGUUUGUGUGGUGAGGUAAAAGGAUUAACUUGUUCCAAAGUGUUUUCCCCAGACAAAUCCGGAGGGAUCAACGAAAAGGUUCUUCUUGGUGUUACCAUUCCAGUUUGUGUCUUAUUUAUUGGGAUGAUUGGUGUUGGAAUCCUACUUUGCCGGCGGCCCCCAAAAAAGCAUCUUGAUGAAGAAUCCAAAAGCAUUGAAAAAAGUGAUCAGCCUAUUAGCAUGGUGUGGGGAAAAGAUGGAAAAUUCACAUUUUCUGAUCUUGUUAAGGCCACCGAUGACUUCAAUGACAAGUACUGCACCGGAAAAGGAGGAUUUGGAAGUGUCUAUAGAGCACAAUUACUCACAGGCCAAGUUGUUGCUGUUAAAAGGCUCAAUAUAUCAGACUCUGAUGACAUUCCAGCAGUGAACCGCCAGAGCUUUCAGAAUGAGAUAAAAUUGCUUACAAGAUUGAGGCACCAGAAUAUAAUAAAGCUUUAUGGGUUCUGUUCUAGGAGAGGACAAAUGUUCUUCGUUUAUGAACAUGUAGACAAAGGAGGUUUGGGGGAAGUAUUGUAUGGAGAGGAAGGAAAAUUGGAACUAAGUUGGACUGCAAGGCUUAAAAUUGUGCAGGGAAUAGCACAUGCAAUUUCAUACCUGCACACUGACUGCUCCCCACCAAUUGUUCACAGGGAUAUAACAUUGAAUAACAUACUACUAGACUCCGACUUUGAACCUCGUCUUGCAGAUUUCGGCACGGCAAAGCUGCUAAGCUCCAACACUUCAACAUGGACCUCGGUAGCUGGAUCCUAUGGCUAUGUGGCUCCAGAACUAGCACAAACAAUGAGGGUGACUGACAAGUGUGACGUGUAUAGUUUUGGAGUGGUGGUAUUAGAGAUAUUCAUGGGAAAGCAUCCCGGAGAACUCUUGACUACAAUGUCUUCAAACAAGUAUUUGACAUCAAUGGAGGAACCUCAGAUGCUACUGAAGGAUGUGCUUGACCAACGGCUUCCACCUCCGACUGGCCAAUUAGCAGAAGCAGUAGUGUUGACAGUGACCAUAGCUUUGGCAUGCACGCGUGCGGCUCCAGAGUCCAGACCCAUGAUGCGUGCUGUGGCACAAGAACUUUCGGCUACUACGCAGGCUUCUCUUGCAGAGCCAUUUGGCACGAUUACCAUAAGCAAGCUUACUGGGUUUCAGAAAUAGCAUAUAGUGUAGUACUGUGAUUUCUGUGCUGAAUGUCGUCGUGUAAUCCAUGUUGCUGAACUUACCUAGUGGGAUAAAACUUUGUUGUAGUACACAAAUAUGUUAAUCUGUAGUACAAUUAUAUUUGAAGUUGACAUUUAAAAUUACAAUAAAGGAAAGGUUUGGUGAUUGGAGCAUCUGUAUCUAUGUUUGAAUUAGUCAUGCUCUGUUACACUACCUGAAGCAAACUUGCCUAUGUGUGUUCCUAUAUAUUUUAGCUACAUAUAUGCAAAAGCAUUUUACACAGAA